AGGUGGCCGAGAGGAGGCAAAGCACGAAAAAGGAAAAAAAAAAACAAUAAAACUCAAAAAAUAGUCGAGGGGGGAAAGAAAAAUAGAAAAUAUUCAGAAACCCGUUUAGAUUUAUUUGCACCUCCUCCUUCUUGAUUUUUUUGCUCGUCUCUCUCCACCAAAUCCGAGUGUCUCAAAGUUCUUCGCUCGAAGCUGUUCUUAUUGUUUUUGUAGAUUUCAGAACUUCACUGUUCGUUUGAUUCAUUCCAGAUCCAGAAUCUGUAUCUGAAGUCUCUGAUCUACGAUACAAAAUGGCUGGUAACUUCAGUCCUUCAGUUGGGUCGUGUGUGUGGGUGGAGGACCGUGACGAAGCAUGGAUCGAUGGUGAAGUUGUAGAGGUUAAUGGUGAAGAUCUCAAAGUCCUAUGCACUUCAGGGAAACACGUUGUUACAAAAGCAUCUGCUGUUUAUCCGAAAGAUACGGAAGCGCCAGCAUCCGGAGUUGAUGAUAUGACAAGACUUGCUUAUUUACACGAACCUGGAGUUCUGCAGAAUUUGCAUUCAAGAUAUGAUAUUAAUGAGAUUUAUACUUAUACAGGAAGCAUACUGAUUGCUGUUAAUCCGUUUAGAAGACUACCACAUCUUUAUAGUAGCCAUAUGAUGGCGCAGUAUAAAGGAGCUGCCUUAGGGGAGCUAAGUCCACAUCCAUUCGCCGUCGCAGAUGCUGCAUAUAGACAGAUGAUUAAUGACGGAGUAAGUCAAUCGAUUCUGGUUAGUGGAGAAAGUGGGGCUGGUAAAACUGAAAGCACAAAGUUGCUGAUGAGAUAUCUUGCUUACAUGGGAGGGAGAGCUGCUUCUGAGGGAAGAAGUGUUGAACAAAAAGUGUUGGAGUCAAAUCCUGUGUUAGAAGCAUUCGGAAAUGCAAAGACUGUCAGGAACAAUAAUUCCAGUCGUUUUGGUAAGUUUGUGGAGAUUCAGUUUGACGAAAAGGGAAGGAUAUCAGGAGCUGCCAUAAGAACUUAUUUGUUGGAAAGAUCACGUGUGUGUCAGCUUUCUGAUCCUGAAAGAAACUAUCACUGUUUCUACAUGCUUUGUGCUGCUCCUAAAGAAGAUGUGGAGAGAUACAAGUUGGGUGAACCAAAGACAUACCACUAUCUAAAUCAAUCUAAAUGUCUAGAGGUGGAUAGUAUAAAUGAUGCUGAGGAAUACCAUGCCACAAGACGUGCUAUGGAUGUCGUCGGGAUCAGUACUGAAGAACAGGUAGUAAUCGCAUUGUCUCUUGUAGAAAAGAUUCUAUACUUUACUGAUGAUAUCUCGUUUCAGGAUGCGAUUUUCAGCGUUGUAGCUGCCAUUCUCCAUCUCGGGAAUGUCGAGUUUGCUAAAGGAGCAGAGAUUGACUCAUCGGUUCCUAAAGAUGAAAAAUCAUUGUUUCAUCUGAAAACUGCAGCUGAGCUUCUCAGCUGCGAUGAAAAGGCACUUGAGGAUUCACUAUGCAAGCGUAUCAUGGUAACUCGUGAUGAAACCAUCACAAAAACUCUUGAUCCAGAAGCUGCUACUCUUAGUAGAGAUGCUUUGGCUAAAGUCAUGUACUCACGGUUGUUUGACUGGCUUGUCGAUAAGAUUAAUAGUUCCAUUGGUCAAGAUCCUCACUCGAAGUACUUGAUUGGUGUUCUUGAUAUUUACGGAUUCGAGAGUUUCAAGACAAACAGUUUUGAGCAAUUUUGCAUCAAUCUGACCAAUGAAAAACUUCAGCAGCAUUUUAAUCAGCAUGUCUUUAAAAUGGAGCAAGAGGAAUAUAAGAAGGAGGAGAUCAACUGGAGCUAUAUAGAGUUCGUUGACAAUCAAGAUAUCUUAGACCUAAUAGAAAAGAAACCUGGAGGUAUUAUUGCUCUGCUAGAUGAAGCUUGCAUGUUUCCAAGGUCAACACAUGAAACUUUUGCACAGAAGCUAUACCAGACAUUCAAAAACCACAAGCGGUUUACCAAACCGAAAUUAGCUCGUAGCGACUUCACAAUUUGUCAUUACGCUGGUGAUGUCACUUAUCAGACAGAGCUUUUCCUGGACAAGAACAAAGAUUACGUUAUUGCUGAGCAUCAGGCACUGUUAAAUUCUUCCAGUUGUUCCUUUGUAGCAAGUUUGUUCCCACCAACGUCUGACGAUUCCAAUAAGUCUAAAUUCUCAUCUAUUGGUACCCGUUUCAAGCAACAAUUGGUAUCGUUGCUUGAGAUUCUCAAUACCACGGAGCCACACUAUAUUCGCUGUAUCAAACCAAAUAAUCUUCUCAAGCCUGGAAUCUUUGAGAACGAAAACAUCUUACAGCAACUACGUUGUGGGGGAGUGAUGGAGGCAAUCAGGAUCAGUUGUGCUGGCUAUCCUACCAGGAAACAUUUCGAUGAGUUCUUGAACAGAUUUGGCAUUCUUGCUCCAGAAGUGUUGGUCAAGAACUCUGAUGACCCUGCUGCUUGCAAGAAGCUUCUGGAGAAAGUUGGACUCGAAGGUUAUCAGAUUGGCAAGACAAAGGUUUUUCUGAGGGCUGGACAAAUGGCAGACUUGGAUACCAGAAGGACUGAGGUCUUGGGAAGAUCAGCAAGCAUUAUCCAGAGAAAAGUCCGGUCUUAUCUUGCUAAAAAGAGUUUCAUCCUUCUGCGUAAUUCUGCUAAGCAGAUUCAGUCAGUUUGCAGAGGGUAUCUUGCUAGAAAUGUAUAUGAAGGCAUGCGCAGGGAAGCUGCUGCUUUAAAGAUACAGAGAGACUUACGCAUGUUUCUGGCUAGGAAGGAUUACACAGAACUGUGUUCUGCUGCUGUUUCGGUCCAAGCUGGUAUGCGUGGUAUGGUUGCCCGUGACGAACUAUGUUUCAGAAGGCAGACGAAAGCAGCAAGGAUAAUUCAGACUUGGUGCCGUGGAUACUUGGCCCGGCUGCAUUACAGAAAACUAAAGAAAGCAACUAUCACUACACAAUGUGCAUGGAGAUCUAAGAUUGCUCGUGGGGAACUUCGGAAGCUUAAGAUGGCUGCUCGAGAAACUGGAGCUCUUCAAGAAGCCAAGAACAAGCUAGAGAAGCAAGUUGAAGAGCUGACCUGGAGAUUGCAGUUAGAAAAACGGAUAAGGACUGACUUGGAAGAGGCCAAGAAACAAGAAAGUGCAAAAGCGCAGUCUUCUUUGGAGGAAUUAGAACUUAGAUGCAAAGAAACAGAGGCAUUGCUUAUCAAAGAGCGUGAAGCUGCAAAGAAAGUUACCGAGAUCGCCCCCAUUAUUAAAGAGGUUCCUGUGGUUGAUCAGGAAUUAAUGGAGAAGAUCACAAAUGAAAAUGAAAAGCUGAAGGGGAUGGUGAGUUCACUGGAAAUGAAAAUCGAUGAGACAGAGAAAAAACUUCAAGAGACAACCAAGAUUAGCGAGGAUAGACUUAAGCAAGCAUUGGAUGUUGAAACCAAACUAGUGAAGUUGAAAACCGCAAUGCAAAGGCUUGAAGAGAAAAUCUUAGACAUGGAAGCUGAGAAAAACAUUAUGCGUCAGCAUCAGCAAACAAUCUCAAGCACUCCUGUGAGGACUACUCUAGGACAUCCUCCAACUGCACCUUUUAAGAAUUUGGAAAAUAGCAACCAAAUAAACUUGGAAAGCGAGUUCAAUGAAGCUGAGUUUACAACACCAGUUGCUGGCAACGCUGAGAAAUCUGCUGCAGAACGUCAGAUUAUGGAUGCCGAUGCUCUCAUUGACUGUGUAAAAGACAACAUCGGUUUCAGCAAUGGGAAACCUGUGGCUGCGUUUACGAUAUACAAGUGUCUUCUUCACUGGAAGUGUUUCGAAUCUGAGAAGACCAAUGUGUUUGAUCGUCUGAUUCAGAUGAUUGGUUCUGCCAUUGAGAAUGAAGAUGACAAUAGUCACUUGGCGUAUUGGUUGACAAGCACAUCUGCGCUAUUAUUUUUGCUUCAAAAAAGUCUUAAAACCGGUGGCAGUGGAGCAGCACAAAGCAUGAAGCCACCUACUGCAACUUCUUUGUUUGGAAGGAUGGCCAUGAGCUUCCGCUCAUCACCAGCUUCAGGCAACCUAGCAGCAGCAGCUGAAGCCGCUGCUAACGCAGUGAUCCGUCCGGUGGAGGCGAAGUACCCGGCUCUGCUUUUCAAGCAACAGCUUGCAGCCUAUGUUGAGAAAAUGUUUGGGAUGGUUAGAGAUAACUUGAAGAAAGAGUUAUCUACUUUACUUUCUCUAUGCAUUCAGGCGCCGAGAACAUCUAAAGGAGGGAUGCUAAGAUCUGGUAGGUCCUUUGGAAAAGAUUCUCCUGCAACUCACUGGCAAAGCAUUAUCGAUGGUCUCAAUUCACUUCUUGUCACACUGAAAGAGAAUCAUGUUCCUUUAGUACUCAUCCAGAAGAUAUACUCUCAAACAUUCUCUUUCAUCAACGUACAACUUUUCAACAGCCUUCUUCUACGAAAAGAGUGCUGUACAUUUAGCAAUGGAGAGUUUGUCAAAGCCGGACUUGCUGAGCUAGAGCUAUGGUGUUGCCAAGCCAAAGAAUAUGCUGGACCUUCUUGGGAAGAAUUGAAACAAAUCAGACAAGCUGUCGGGUUCCUGGUUAUACACCAAAAGUACAGAAUCUCAUACGAUGAUAUAGCACACGAUCUUUGCCCGGGACUCAGUGUCCAGCAGCUUUACCGUAUUUGCACAUUAUACUGGGACGAUAGCUAUAACACCAGAAGCGUCUCACAAGAAGUUAUAUCGAGCAUGCGGGCACUCAUGACAGAGGAAUCCAAUGAUGCAGACAGUGAUUCCUUCUUGUUGGAUGAUGAUUCCAGUAUUCCUUUCUCAAUCGAUGAUAUUUCAAGUUCGAUGCAAGAGAAGGACUUUGUAGGAAUCAAACCAGCAGAAGAGCUUCUUGAAAAUCCUGCUUUUGUAUUCUUGCACUAAGAAGUUCCUGAAAGUUGAGAAGCUCAGAUUCUUAAAGCUCUCUUCCUCUUUGUUUUUUACUCUUGGGGUGGAGAGGAGGGGGUCUUCCUCAAGAGGAAAGAUGAUGAGUAAAAGUGUAAAGUUGUGGGGCUGUUUUGAAAGUAUUACCAGUGUAAUUCUCAACUAUUCAUUCAUUAUUAUUUUUGACCUCAGAUAUUUUUGUUUUUUAUUUUUUCUCAUUUUAUAUGUUUUCAGACAGACGACUAUAUUGCAAAGUUUAAAAUUCCUUGGUU